GCUAUUUCUUGGGGGCAGGACAAAAAUUGUAUAUCAGUAACACAUGUCAUACGGAUCAUUAUCGGCCGCUAGCAGGACCCGAAGGUUCCUUCCUUGUGCAGACAUGUGACCUGUCAGCGACGAUUAACAUCGUCAGCAACCUGCUGCAUCGUUGUCGCCCUCAGGAAUCGAUGCGCAGACAGGCGGGCGCGUUAUCGAGGGUUAGGGCAAGGCUGGGCGCUGGGCCCGCGCGCAUGGCACGGUGUUUGCGCACACGGCUGAGCGCGGCGCUGACCGACAGGGGGCGGGCCUGCUGGCAGGAGCCUGGCGUGGCAGACUGCGCAAUUUGAUCUUGCAGUUUGCCGCACGGCGCUUUUGUUCCCUGCGGUGUCCGCAGUGCAGGUCGGACUUCCUUUCCUUGGCAGGACCCGUGCUGCAGUGGCGGUCGACUUGGUGAUGUUGAAGUACGUGGGCGGCCCGAUCCGUUGGCAGAUGCUGCUGUAGUAGUGACGUGUGUUCGUGUCUGGAGUACUGAUUUCAUCUCGAGGAAAUAUGAACAGUGUUGUUGGGAAAGUUCACGGUUGAUCUACCUGAUCGCUGUUUUCUGCCUGGGGCACAGUUUCUGUGAUAGUUGGAGAUUCACGCAAUCACUCUUGAACAUUAAAGGAAAAGAGUACAAGAAAUGUCUUUAAAAGGUGUAGCAGUUUCAGAAGCCGGUUUUCUUCAGGAUUAUAAAGAUGAAUUUACAACGAAGUUGGUAGCUUGUUGUACGACAAACAGUUAAUGAACACCUGACUUGUACCAUGGCAUCGCCCUAUACUACUUCCAUUAUACUCGCCGUUGUGUUUGGGAACAUGGCCGUUUAUUGGCUGGAGUCUGCCUACGUUUCCUCCAAAACCAACAAGAAGCAAGUGAUCAAACUCGGAUACAUCACGGGUUCGGCCAGCCCGAACUUUACAGGUAGUUAUUACCCUAAAAAUGGUUAUUACAAUAGGCCUGGAACUCUCAUUUCGGGUGCCUUGACCUUCGCCCUGGAGCAGGUAAACAGAAACAGCAGCGUGCUGCCAAACCACACCCUGGAGUUCAUCAUCGCGGAGACUUACGGGCAGGAAGGGGAGAGCAUCAAGCAGACGGCGCUGCUGCUCAACAAGGGAAUAGCGGCCUACAUCGGGCCGCAGGAGACCUGUGUGCACGAGGGUCGGAUAGCUGCUGCCUUCAAUUUGCCGAUGAUCUCCUACUUUUGCACCGAAACAGAAGUCAGUGACAAGUCGCUAUACCCAACCUUUGCCCGCACUAAACCAACGGAUUCUCAGGUCUCCAAGAGCGUGGUGUCCCUACUGCGCAUGUUCAAGUGGACCAAAGUCACAUUCAUACACUCCAACACCACUGAUGGAAAUCAUACAGCAGACGACAUUUAUUCUACCUUGGUAGACCAUGGCUUUAAGGUUUUAUUUCGCAAGAAAUACCCAGGACCGUAUUUCCACAAGCACAUGGUCAACCCUUUCGUGAAGAUUGUGGAGGAGACAUACCUGGAAACACGAAUUUACGUGAUGCUGGGAGCUCCCUAUGAGUUUGUGGGUCUGAUGGACAACUUGCAAGACCGUGGUAUCCUUGAUGCAGGAGAGUACUUUGUUAUUGGGGUCUGCUUGGAGCCCUACUAUCCAGAAAAUCCGGAGACGUUUCUUGAAGGAGUUUUUGAUUAUGACGUCACGGAGCGCAGCGCCCUCGCCUUCCGGCACUUCGUGGGUCUCAUUCACUCGCCACCCGUGCAGCCCGGCUACAAGGCCUUCCAGAAGAUUGUAGACGAGUAUUUGGAGAAGCAGCCGUUUAAUUUUACUAACCCGCUCCGCAACAUGAGCACCUUCAGACGGAUAAGACCUGAGGCCGCCUACCUGUACGAUGCAGUCUGGUUGUAUGCAAAAGCUGCAGACCAGGUGCUGAGAGAAGGAGGAAGUCUGCUGGACGGACGAAGAAUCAUCGCUCACAUUCAGAACCAAACUUAUCAAAGUGCGUUCGGAUAUCUCAGUAAAAUCAACUCUAAAGGCGACACUGAAGGGAAUUUUUCUUUAAUCGUGAGGAAGGCGACGGAAAAGGGUUGGGGCAUGUUUCCUGUCGGCAAUUUUCGACUGACAUUUGAUUCCGAUGACAUUCCGACAUUUCAGUUUUACGGCAACGAAACCAUUCAUUGGAUCGCGGGAAGACCACCACUGGACGAGCCUGAAUGUGGCUUUCACCACGAGCGUUGUAUUCCCCCGACAUCCUACACCAAAGAAGUUGUCGCUGGUAUCGCAGGCAGCCUCAUCCUCAUCGGCACUAUUGUAGGUUACCUCAUUUACAGGAACUGGCGGUACGAACAGGACCUGGCAAGUCUGCUGUGGAAAAUUGACUUCAAAGACAUGACUCUGAAAUAUGCGUCUGUUUGUGUAAACAAAAUGUUUUCUGUUGUUCAGACCGCCGCGAUGUGUCGCUCUCCCAGCCAGAUAUCUCUGAUGUCUCAGAACGAUUUCGACUUCCGGCAACUGUUCACGCACGUGGGGACCUACCGAGGGACCAUCGUCGCCAUUCGCAGGGUCAACAAGAAGCACGUGGAGCUCACGAGGAGUGUUCGCAAAGAGCUUAAAACGAUGCGAGAACUGCGUCAUGACAACAUCAACCCUUUUAUCGGCGCUUGUAUUGAUUCGCCCAGCAUUCUGAUUGUCACGGCCUACUGCGCCAAGGGAAGCCUGCAGGACAUCUUGGAGAACGACGACUUCCAGCUCGACUCCAUGUUCAUCGCCUCUCUCGUUCACGACAUCGUUAGGGGCAUGAUUUAUAUCCACGACAGUGAAAUCAAGUCGCACGGAAAACUAAAGUCUUCAAACUGCGUGGUGGACAGUCGCUGGGUGCUCAAGAUCACCGACUUCGGGCUGCACGAGUUCUUGAAGGGGGCCCAGGACGACAUCGGAGAAUAUGCCUUUUACAGGAACCUUCUAUGGCGGGCUCCUGAGCUGCUGCGAGACACAGCGCCAGCCCGAGGGACCCAGGAGGGAGAUGUCUACUCCUUUGCCAUCAUCAUGUUUGAAAUCUAUGGGAGGAAAGGGCCGUACGGUGACAGCUCUUUGUCCCCGAAAGAGAUCGUGGACCGUGUGAAGUACAAGGACGGUGAUGUCCCGUUCCGACCUCGCCUCUCGGAGCUGGGGAAAUCUCCAAAGGUGGUGACAGACCUCAUCAAGGAGUGCUGGGACGACGAUCCGCACAAGAGACCAGACUUCAAACUCAUUCGCUCCAGACUCAAACCUUUACAAAAGGGAUGUAAGAAGCCCAACAUCCUGGACAACAUGUUAGCCAUGAUGGAGAAAUACGCCGACAACCUGGAGGCGCUGGUGGAGGAGAGGACCGACCAGCUUAUUGAGGAGAAGAAAAAAACGGAGGAAUUAUUACACGAGAUGUUGCCCAGGUCAGUAGCUGACCAGCUGAUGCGGGGCAAACGGGUGGAAGCAGACACGUUCGUGGUGACCAUCUACUUCAGCGACAUCUGUGGGUUCACCGCCAUGUCCUCGGAAAGUACUCCCAUGCAGGUUGUUGACCUUUUGAAUGACCUGUACACGCUGUUUGACUCGACAAUCGAAUACUACGACGUCUACAAAGUUGAGACGAUCGGCGAUGCCUACAUGGUGGUGAGUGGAUUGCCCAAAACCAACGGAAUACAGCAUGCAGGCGAAAUAGCCUCCCUUUCGCUCCAUCUUCUGGAUUCGAUUCGGAAGUUUACGAUCCGACAUCGUCCCAACGAUACAUUGAAACUGCGAAUCGGAAUCCAUUCCGGAGCUUGCGUGGCAGGAGUUGUGGGACUCAAGAUGCCGCGAUACUGUCUGUUUGGAGACACGGUUAACACCGCUUCCAGAAUGGAGUCGACAGGAGAGCCACUUAGAAUUCACUGCUCUUACGAGUGCAAGAAACUGCUGGAUCAGUUGGGAGGAUACAUCCUGCAAGAGAGGGGCUUACGCGUUUGAAGGGAAAGGGCGAAGUUCUGACCUACUGGUUGACAGGAGAGGAAAGGGAGCGACGUCCUCGCCAACAACCUCGUCCUGAGAGCAGCGAGCACAGCCAGGCCUCAUCUGCUGCUGGCUCCUUCCGCCGCCAAAAGAUGGCGCAACCGUCUUUCGACAAAUCAUUGGACUGGUCGCCGUCCGUCAUCCGGCCAUGAGCGGCCAUCUCAGGCCAACGGCGACCUCAGCAGGGCCCCGCCCUACCUUCAACCCUACGGACUGUUGGUGGGGCCGAGCAGCCAGGAGCUGCUGAGGAGGUCCUCAUCGCGGCGACGACGGCUGAAAUUCAAGGUCGGGUCCGAGGAUGACGACCUGCGGGACGAGGUGGAGGAUAAGAAGGAAGGGGAUGUUCCUCCCCCCGCUCACCACACGGUGGAGACGACACCGCUGAUCCUUCGCAAGCAUGAUGUACUUGGUGAGGACAACGCAUCCUACAACCCAAGGUGCACGAGCCGAGUCUGACAUCCAGAUCCGUGCUCCACUAAAGACUCUGAUGGGGAGCUGGUGGAGUUGAAGGAGGUUGCGAGCGGGGGAAGGAUGGAAGGGACUAACGUUAACAUUCUAUCGAAGCAAGUUGCUGUGUUCAGAAGGACAAACGGGGAAAAGAACUACGUUGAUAGCCGUUGACAAAAUGAAGAAUAUACAACGCUAACUUGGUGAUAACAGUUCUUUCAUUGUUUUUUUUUUAUGUUGUUGUUUUUUUGUUUUUGUUUUUGGUUUGUUUUUUUGUGUGUGGGAAAAUCGCCGGUUUCAAACAUAUCCAGUGAUAAACAGACAGUGUAUUAAGUCCAGAGAAUAACUUGUUCCUGUGAACUGUGUAGAACUGUUGGAAGGAAAUGUAACUUAUUAUCUUCCUGCGUUUGAAAGUGGAGUUUCAAGGUGCUUGGACAUCAGCGAGACCUGACUUUAACAGAAGAACACUAUACAAGGUUCGUUUAUUGGUGAUACUUCUGUGCCAGAAACAAAAUUGCCUUUCGGUGAUCAGUCAGUGAUAUUUCUUUACGUUUAGUUCUGCUUGUUUAGCAAAAUAUUCAUUCCUUCUUGCCUUUGACUAAUUGUAAAUAUAUACAAAGAUAUAUAUCUGUUAUUAAGCCGAUCUGAUUAUUUCCCUUUUCCUUGAAAUGCAGCCCUCGUGCAGCUUAUCCGAGAAACAUAACAAUUUGAUUCUUCAGUAAAUUCAGUUAAGUUUCUAUUAGCUAAAAAAAAAAUUCAAAAUAAACAACACAUAAAGAAUUUAACUCAAAUGUUUAAAAAGCAGCUUUGUCAGCUUUAAUGGUCAAAACAAUAAAUAACAACAAAAAUGCGUUAUCACAUGCUAAUCGUUUACAGUCUUCCGAUAACCAGAAAGAACCCUAUUGUACAUUCAUGCACAUCAAAAAUCGUUUUCUUCUUUUAUCAGUGUCCACACCUGUUCUCGAAAAUAAAACAAUUCUAAUGAACCUUCCAAGUGAAGGUAGAUUAAAAAAACAAACAAAAUGAUUGACACUUUCAAAAACAUUUAGCAAAUGGAUGUUCUUCAUAAUAAAAAAGCACAUGGAUACAAACAUCAGUGUGAAUAUUUCUUUUAGGUUUAGCCACUUGCUACAAUGCAGGUUCCAACAAUACUUGUCUUUUUCUCCAUUCGAGUGACUACCUCACGCAUGGUAAAUAUUCUCCCAAGUUCGCCUUUAAGACUAACCACGGGGUAGCGGCCUUGUAGACUGAGUUGAGAGGUCGUGCAUUUAUUACAAAUGAGAGUCGUAGCGGUAAAGCAAGAUCAACUGGGGUAAUGCUACAAAUGUUAGAAAAAUACUGAACAAUUAUAAAAAUCAUUUUCUUUGGUUAUGGUUUUACUUGUUACUUAUGUCAGCAGUGCUUUUAACUCCUUAGAAAUUACUUUUGCUAUGUUAGAUAUGCGCUGCAGGAGUUUGGUCAAAUAUUAUAAAAGAUACAUUUUUAAAUAACAAGUAUUAUUAUGUAGGUUUUUCCAGCGUGCCUCAGACACAUUUACAACAUUAACCCUGCUCUGGUACCAUGACUAAAGUUAUGUUGAUAGCACCAUGGGAUCAAUUUGACCCCAUUGUAAAAAAAAUAUUCAUUUCCAGAAUAUAUACAAUUUAUUUCAACAUUUUCCAAGCAGUAAUAUAAGACAAUGCAUUAGAAAAUCCAAAUAACAUUGCACAACACUUCUUAAAUGAGAGAACCCAUUUAAUAUUUCCCAUCACUAUAGGCCUAACUUACAUGCUGGUUUUAUUUGCUAUUUAUUUUGCACAUUAACUCAUUUCACUCAUUACAAAUGAAUGUACUUUUCUUGUCUUCAAGAAUGUUCGUCGUUUGUCUUUCUUUAUUGUUCAAAGAAUAUUCUUAGUGAAAAAAAAAACAGACCCAAAACCCAGAGGUGAAUCUUGAAAUAAAAGAAAAUACCUCUAAUACAUAAGAAGUCCACUAAACUAGCAAACACAAGACCUUCAGAAAAAAUAGGUGAAAGGCAAGGUCCCUCAUCGUGACAUUUCAACAAAUGAGCAAAAGAGGACUGGGGUCACAUAAACCCAUGGUACCACAGCAAGAUUAAUGAAUAAAUAAUUGUGAUUUUAAUAAUACUUUUUCUUGAUUCUAGUCUUCUUGUUUACCCUACACUUCACUGAUAUUGUCAAAACGAUUGUUAAUGUGAGAGAUUAGAUCAUAUUUGGAUAAAUGACAUUUGGUUUAGUCCUUUUCCUCUCUUUGUCUCUGGGUUCCGCGAAUCACAAGUCUCAUAGGGAUGACAUACUACAUGAACAUCUUAAGCUUUAUUUGUUAUUGAUCUCCCGACAUAUAAUUUUGUAAAAGAUCUUUACAAA